AGCCUAUGACGCACGCGACUCACCUCAAACUACAGAUUCUCCCUCCUUUAUAAGAUAGUCGACAGUUCUGCCACACGAAUUUGGCAGUGGCACCUUGAUGCUUUUCUUUGGCACAGUUGCUUCGGUUCCUUUAUGACUUUCAACCCUCAAGGAAAGAAGACACUGCAAGUUUGCAUCUCGAAAAGCACACAAGGUGUCCACAAGUACAGGAAGAUGCGCGGGCCAUUUUGGAGUAUUUUUAUCUUCACGCUCUGCGCAGACACGUUGGAGUUUGUGAUAGAAGAUCAAACACGCCUUCGGUGGUGGUCUUUUCAAGUGGAGGAUGGACAAAACAUCUCCCACUACGUGAAAAGGCACUCAGAUGGGACGUUCACCAAUGACCUCAUACAUCGCUGGGAUAAAAUUAAGGCCAAAGACUUUGUUUCUUGGCUGGCUAGCACCAUGAGAGCCGACAGGAGUGAAGUGUCCAUGGCGAUGGGAUGACACCAAGAUAGCUCAUCCUCUGCUCUCUCCGUUAAAGUAUGUUAAAAAAGCUUCCAAAACACUAAUAAAAAUGUUUGCUUUGCCCCACGUCA